UCAGUCACCAUGAACAAAAUGAAGCUACUCAAAGCCAAGAUGGAGGACAUGAACCUGAACAAGAAGCCGAAGAAGUCGGUGAAGGUUAAACCAAGGCCCCCUGUCAGCCCACACCCCUGCGGUGGCUUUCUAGGACCUUUCAGCGCCCGACCUCACCAUCGGCUCUUUCGUACGCUCCCCCAGCUCAACCAGCCUCGGCAGUCAAAUGCACAACUACCUCCAAUCGCAGACAAUAAAUCCGUAGACCCCUUCCCGCCCUCUUCUGCUGCAACCUCUACCCACUUGUCCAUCCCCAGAAGACCCCCUCCCCCUUUCUCCUCGCCUUCUUGUUAUAUGCUUCAGGAGGAGGAGGCAUGGGAGACAUGCCCACAAUUUGCAAAGAUCCGGCCCCCUCCCAAAGUGUCACGGUUGGACAUUGGCAGCACCAGGUUGAUGAGGGACUGUGUGUACCCCCAGCUCCCUCCACUGUUUAUCAGGGGACCACCUGAAGCCACUUUUGAUCCAGCUGAGCCUGCAGGCGAGGCAGUCAGGCUGGGUUUGUUAGAGGAAGCUGCUGGGUUGGUGAUGCCAACACAACCUGGAGCUCCAUUUGGGGAACUGUCAGACCCUCUGAGCCUGGAUGUGUCUACCCAGCCAGACGGAGGCCGUCUGUCCCUAGAGGUUGGGGCUCAGCACCAGCUGCCGCUCUCCCCUUCCCCACUCAGUACCUGGACACUUGGGACAAGUGAUACACUCACUAGCAGAGCUGAUAGGACACAGCUUGGCACAUCAUUUCAUAUCAGCCCUCCCUCUCCAUUGCCCACCUCCACUUCACCAUCCACUUCUACCAGACCGCCACCUCAACCUUUUGAUUCCACUCUUUCCUGUUUACAGCCCGACUUUCGAGCAAAAUCCUCAGCACAAGUGAAGCCAGGCAAAACAUCCCCUCACCCCUCCACCAGCUCAUGGUCUCAUCCGACACGCUUUCGUGGUGUUAAAGUUGAGUCACCUGGCAAGAGGCCAGAGGUUAUCUCUAAGAGGGAAGCAAGAGGCAUCACGAAGAUGGCCAACCAAGCCUGUAAAGAGCCACUGGGGUCCCUGAACAACUCUGAACUCCUGGGUUCUCUCUCUACAAGGGCCCUGGACAGUAGCAACAGCAAAGAAAGCCUUGGAGAGAGUCUGGGACUUGCACUGGCAUUGCCCCCUGCCACUGACUCAGGACAGGGCAGCCUUAGCUCCAGGCUGCCAUCCAUCCCAGCUAACAGGCUCCUUCAGGAUGAUCUUAUAAGACAAAUGUCACCGUUGCACCGAGCAACAGCCUCUUACAUGGCCACUAACAGUCUUGCGUCAGCUGGGGGAGUCAUGACUUCAUUCGGGAGAAUAGGCACUUCAGCAUACCACCUACCUCCAGUCAAGGCUCCCACAUGCGGCAAGAAGAGCUCAAAACACUGCUUCCUUUGUGGCAAAAAGACUGGCCUGGCUACCAGUUACGAGUGCAGGUGUGGUCAUAACUUCUGUGCCACCCACCGCUACGCAGAGACGCAUGACUGCACUUAUGACUACAAGAGUGCUGGUCGGCGAUUUCUGCAGGAGACCAACCCUCUUAUCAGUGCUCCCAAGCUGCCUAAGAUCUAGCCCUGAAAACCCUCACCUCUCUUAAGGGAUGACCUGAAUAACAGGUUAAAGUGACUGAAUGAAAGAGAUUCUGCAGAUGGAAGGAACUUAUUCACCACUGUGUGCUUUUUUUAUCAGCCAAGUUUGCUUCAAAUUUAAAUAAAAUAUUCUGUAAAGCCAAGUGUGAACAAACAAGAGUGGACUGAAAUGGCACAGAACUACUUAUCACCACUUGACAAAGUGAAGAUGUUUUUAUCGUUUUUAUCUGUUACCUUGUUCUUUUCCCAUUGCCUAAAACAAACAAAAAAAACCUGUGCAUGUAUGUAGGUAGUUUUUGCUAAAUAUAUCUGUUGCACGUUCAGACAUAUCUAAUUUUAGUUUUGUCAGCCUUUUCGUUUUUUAAAACAAGACCCCUGAUGACUUUUCAUGCGACAAGUCUUUGACAGAUGCACUUUAGAACUAUCAUAUUUAUAAAUUUGACAUUCCAUAUUGUUGAGGGGGAAGGAAACUUAAAUUUCUGUGUUUGUCUUAUGAAGUGUUUGUUGUCGUCAUCCAGAUUUUUAUAUUCUACCUAAACGUCUUUCUUACAAGGGCACAUGCAUAACUACAUCACUAAUGAAAUCUGUCUUAAGAGAACAAUACACCCACUUAUUGAUGAAAUAAUUCAUAUUUAUUAAUGAAUACUACUUAUUUAAAUUCAAGGUUGGUUUUGAAGUAUGCAACGUGUGUAGGUGUGAAUGUCAGUUGUAAUCUGUAAUCCUAUAAAAUAAACUGUAUUAGGAUGGUGGGGUGUUUAUGGUAUUUAUGAUGUGUCUAAGUAAGGUGGUUGCCAUAAAAAAAUCUUUUCUAAGUCAUUUUUUUUAUUGCUCAGCUGUUGCAAAAACUUUAAAUGCUGUAAUAGUAUCUACAGGGGUUUAAUCUAAUAAAGUUUCUUUCUGUACGAUCCAA